AUGAUAGGGUCGUAGCCAUGUGACCAUAACAAAGUCGCAUCUCAGAGGAACUCGGAAGUUUGUCACUCCAACUGCCAAGGGUAAGACAGAAAUGCAAUUACAAUGUAUUUUUAUUUCAUUAGUUUGCUACUAGUCUCAGCACGGGGAGGUUUGCUAGCAACCUUUGCUUUGGAAGAUGGAUUUGACAAAAAAGUAAAAGCCACGGCCGUUUUAGGCCACUUUCCUCCUUACACAAGAAAAGAUGUGAUUUAUUCGAACGAUACAUGUCUUCCAGCGGGCAACGAGAAAUAUAGAAGUUGUGCAUGCACUGUUACGCGGACAAAUGAAGUUAUUAAUUUAAAUGGGAUAUUGAAAAACACUAACUGUACAGCUGUACCAGGGGGCUGCAAGGUCCCAAGAUUUGUGGUUGAAGGAACAGACAAAUGGGAAUAUGCUUACCAUCCUUGUUUUCCUUUUAAUAUUUUCUUAAAUGAUAGUCACAUACAUGCUGGGGAUCGAGCUUGUAAACAAGUGGCAGCUGCCCGUUAUACGACAGAAUCUGCUCAUGUAUGUGAUAGUCUUGGUACACAAAGCAGUUUCCAAUUUUCUACACAAAGCAAAAGCAACUAUGUUGUGUCUAACUUGGGACUGAAGUUUACAUCAGCAAAAUUCUCAGCUUUCGUGUCGUUGGUUUGUAAUUUGAGCGUGGCUGCCAAUGAGUCACGUUUUGGUUUUCUUGGAAUUGAUAAUCAUCAACAGCCUACUUACUUCAUGUCACUUGAGAGCAGUUGUUGCUGCCCUGGUGGGUGCAAUGUGACGUUUACAAUGAACCCUGAAAAUGGAAAACCCUCAAAGGGAUUUUGGGCCAUAAUCGGUAUAGUUAUAGGAAUAGUGGUUGUUUUGAUUAUAACACUGAUUGUAAUAAAGGUGCGUGGCAAGAGAAGGAAAGACCCGGAAAGAGAAAGGCUAAUUGAACCUGUAGCAUGAGUGUUACUUGGUUUCCACCCAGACAUCUUCAAGAUCUUGACUCAUUGCGUAAAGAAAGUUUGCAAUUAUUGAAUCAAGGAUAUAUUAUAAACCAAAGCAAAGAAACCUUGAUUCUCUUGAAACUGAGAUACCAGAAAUGAUAAAAAAUGUUAUUAAAUAAAUAUACCAUUUGGUGUAAACAAAGAAUGACCUCUAUAGCUCUUUUCUAUAUAAUUCUGGGCUUGUUUGUUAAAUAGAUAUAUUUUUAUAAAAUAGAAUGAUUUUUACAGUAGAUAUUUUCACGAUUACUUUCAAGAUAAUAAUUGUUUGUUUUGAUUAUUUGUGAUUAUAUGAGUAAGGUAGACAAAUAAGUUCAUAAAUAGUUAAAAGUCUCACAACACAAAUGAGAUUAUGCUAACUUUCGAAAAUCAAGUUGAAAAAAUCAAGUGUCUCUUGAAAACACCCUCUGUUUCUAAAAGUCCUUUUGUUUUGUAAAAAUCUGAAGGUCCUCUUUAUCAGUGACACAGUUCUUGACUUCCACCCUUUACAAUGUGAUUGAAACAAUUAUGAAUUACCAUACUUUGGUGGGAUACAUUUUUUCUUUUUCUUGAUGCCCUUGGUCCAGGCAGUGGCAGUGCUAGCCACUGAUUUCUGAGGGGGCUGGAGGGGGGCUUAAGGGAGGGAAACAAAUAACAAGUGUUUAGGUCACACCCUUUAUACUGCCACAAAACGCCUUUUACCAAAAAGGAACACAGAUUUUACAUGAUAGGAAUGCCUAUCAUGUAACUUUCGACUAUGAACUUUCGGUUACAUAAAUCAUAGGAUUACAUCAGGAAAAGUAUGUUGCCUAAAUAUUUCUCCUCUCCGAAAAUUUUCUAAUUGAAUUAAGAUAAAAUACAAAAUUGAUCCUGUCCAAUAUUGGACAUCCCCCCAGUACUUUUAAAGUAUAACUGCAUACAAAUACAAGAAAACACAGCAGCAUUAAAAUCACUGUAGAGAUAUUGAACUUUCUUAGUAAGAUAAAAACUCAAACAUUGAAUAAGUAGGUAGCAUUUAUAUAAAUAAAAAGCCCAAGAGAAUAUCAAUCCAACAAGAAUCCUAUAGAAAAUGAGGAUUGUAUAAACUAUUGGCCUAGUUGUUUAUGAAGCAUAUUUCACUUAGAGGCAUGACAUAUGUCAAGCAGGUGGCAUGUAAAAGGUAGGGCCCCAUUGUUGCUAAAGAUGCAUGUUUUCGCAGCAGUCAGUACAGUAGUGUAACAACAAGAUAGGAAGCCAGGGCAAACCCCAGAGGCAUUAAGACCAAAAACUAACAAAAUUUCAAAACAAGCAAUGAACAGUUACCUUCUUCAUAGGCAUGAACACUAAACAAAAACUUUACUAAUUUUCAGAAAGAUUACAGAUAUUUUUGGAAAGAAUCUAGUAUUUAUUAAAAAUUUGGAGCUCUAGUGCCUCGGCAGAAAAUUUGAUGGAAACUUCUCUGCUCUUAGUAAGAGCUUUUUUGAAACUAUGUAGACUUUUCAAUUAUUCUUUCCACGCAAGAUUUUUUAGAAUAUUUAUAACUUUAAUGUUGUGCAAAA